CGUCUCCGACCGACCCUUCCUCGUAUCCCUAUGUGGAACGGACGCCCCCUUUGCCUCACCAAUUCCUGCCUCAGAACCGGCCGCAGCAACCAACUGCUCAGAACCCGCAAUAUUUACCUCUUCCACUAGACCUCCCAUAGCUCAUUGCGGACCGCGUAUGUGAGGCCGUGGCGGCGCAAAUCGAGGAAGAGGCAAAUGCUAGAGUGGAACACAUCUUCCUAGCAGCAGCGCAGCACAGAUCAGACUCCCGGGCCGCAUCCUAUGGACCUCCCUCCUCAAAUUCUAAUCCAAAUGCAUAUAUGGGACAGGCGUCUCAACAUGAUAUGGUCUCGCAGCAGCCUCGUCGAAGGCGACCAAUACCUCAGUCUCAGCAAUUCAGUGGAAACCACGUGCCAUUUGCGGGACCUUACACUCCCCAACCGUUGUUCUCAAAUCAAACUUCCCAGUCACCGGAGGCUCAAUCUUGGGAACCACGAGACUCACAGGCGCAAGCCAUGCCACCGCCAACGGUCCACUCGACUCGUGCUCAGCCAAGGCGUUCGAUUCAAGAAGCUCCCGUUUCUAUCCCCGUCUCCCGCACACGCAUUGCUAGACCCCUAGCUCCAGGUCAGCGGGACCCCGAACUCGAGGAGCUCGACCAGCUCGACCGUAAGGCUUACGCCAAAGCCCAGCGCAGCAGGUACUUCGAGCCGACACCGUGUGGCAAAUACGUGCCACAGUGGACAGAGUAUGGAUCAGACAGCCAGGGUAGCCUUUCCCGUUAUGCUGUGCCCCAGAGGAGUGCUACGGGCUGUGUAAGGCGACCUUCGGUAGGCAAGAGAUGUACCCACACGCCGACGGUGGAUGCCGAUGGAAGCACGAAAUCGAGUGGAAAGACCUACGGUUUCUCAUCUCGAGUGGGAGGGUGUCGCUUCCGCGGGCGAGGCUCCUCAUGAAGAACUGGGAAACUCCCGACGCGCCGAAUAUGGCGCACGAAGCUUUCCUGCGGAUGUGGAUAAUUCGAGGGAAACUGGGAGAUGGACCGGUGGGGCAGUCUCU